AUGUGUUCCGCAGACAUCUUCCUCGGCCUCUUGGCCCUGCUCUUCCCCCCUCUACCUGUCUGGGUGAAGCGCGGCAUCUGCUCCGCCGACUCCAUGAUCAACAUCCUCCUCUGCCUCCUCGGCUACAUCCCCGGCCUCAUCCACGCCUGGUACAUCAUCGCCAAAUUCCCCGAGCCAGACUACGAGUACGAGUCCCUCCCCCAGCAGGACCGCGAGGGCGGCCGCGUGACGUACGUCUUCGUCCACGGCAACGGCAACGGAAACGCUCCGCACACCCGCCAGCCCCAGCAGCAGCCCCGUCCCUCGCACCACCAGCAGGGCGCCAACGUCACCUACGGCACCACGAGCAACAACGCCGGCGGCUCCAGACAGCAGCCCCAGGGCGGCGCCGGCGAGGGCAGCAGCGACGGCGCCGUGCCGCCUAGCUACGCCCAGGCCGUCGCGGGCGACAACAAGAUUCAGACGAGAGAUUAG